UAUACAUGGAAGAGAGUUAGCUAAGAAGACUAUGAUGGUGUAUGAAAUGUGUCGUAAACUGCUGGGUACCACACAGUUCAUAUCUGAAAACAUGACACAAGGUUGUGACAUAGCUACCAGUAAUGGGGGCUGGAGCAUUAAGACUCUGAAGGGCGUGGUGUCUGAGGCAGGAGCCUACCUAGAGAAGAACACGAUCGACGUGCUGGAUUUGGAUGAGAUGAGCCCCAUCAAGGAGGAAGAGGAGGAGGAUGAGGAUCUGCAGGAGGAUGGAGAGAAGCACAAAGAGGAGGCAUCAGAAAAAGCUAAGAAGGACAAAGCACCUGCCUCUGUUCCAGCAGAUGACAUUUCCUCUGAAAUGAAACUGCGAGCAGAAGAGAAAUCCCUAGUUAUGGCCAUCAGGGACACUUUCCUUCCUAGAAUGCAAGGCAGGGAUGCAAGCAUCUUCUGCACCCUGAUCACAGAUAUUUGGCCUCAUGUGGACUUGCCUCUUCUGUUUGGAGGAGAGUCCCCAUUGUCUAAAGCACCACAGUCUAGAGUCAGCUCUCGGGCCAGAACAGCCAAGAGUGAUAACUCUGCCAGAUCACUGAAAGAUCCGAUUUUCCAUUGGAGAGGUAAGGGAUAGAUUAGCUGUAAUAUUUAUGUUGUUUUAGACUUUUAGAAACAGCAUGUUAACACAAAAUUGCUUUCUUUUCUUUUUA